AUGACUAUCAGCUCCCACACCAUUCCCGCAGGGGUCUACACUCCUAUCACCACUUUUUUCAAAAGUGACUCUCGCUACACUUUAGACUUGGAAACUCAGGCCCGACACGCCCAGUUCCUCUAUAACAGCGGUAUCAAAGGCCUUGUGGUGGCAGGUUCCAUCGGGGAGGCUGGUCACAUGACCAGGACCGAAAGAUAUGCGUUGGUGGCGGCUAUCAGAGCAGCGGUCCCAGAUCCCGCUUUCAAACUUAUUGCAGGAGCGCCUCCAUUGGGUUGCGUACAAGAAGCCAUUGAAGAGUCACAUAGUGCAAAAGAAGCUGGUGCCGACUUUGUUAUCCUCUUGGUGCCUGGGUAUUUUGGCCCCCAUUUGACCUCCCAGGAAGGAAUCAUUGAAUAUUUCACCCAGGUUGCCGACGGCUCCAGUUUGCCGGUGAUGAUCUACAAUUAUCCAGGAACUUGCAACAAUAUCACUCUCACUAUCGAGUCUUUCAGAGAUUUGGCCAAACAUCCCAACAUUUCUGGUGUUAAGUUAACCCACUUCAACUUGGACUUGUACGCUUUGUUGGGUAAAGACAAAGAGAUUUGUGAAGCUAAUAACUUCCGGCCGUUCACUGGGUUGGGUCAGGUACUUAUUCCUGGUUUGUCUGUAGGACUUUACGGCACCAUCGACGGGUUGUCAGGGAUUUUCCCCAAGACGAUGUUGAAGCUCUACAGCUUGUUUCAGGAAGGUAAAUUGAAGGAAGCAGCUGACUUGCAGUUUUUGGUGACUAAGGCUGACCAGAUGUUGGCUGAUUUGAACUUGGUAGGAGCUAAGGUUGCCCUUCACAAGUAUUAUGGGUUUGGUGACUGCUUAACGGGAAGACCACCCUUGUGUCGUGGGGUGGAUGAGAAAGCUUACGCAAAGUACACUGCCGAUAUGGAUGCAAUUCAUGCUAUCGAGCAGUUAUUGUAGACGUUUAUGUAUGUCUAGCAUUAAUAUAGAAUGAAAAUAUCUACUAUUGAA